GUUCGUCAGUUAUCGUCUUUCGCAUCUUAAAUACAGCAUGGCAAUGAAUUACUGUCAGUCGAAUCGUCGUCGACUUCGGAUCGUAAACACUAAUGUCAGAUGCUAGUUAACAUAAACUGGAAAUCAUAAACCCUAAAAAGUGAAACCGAAUGGGAAAACAAUCAACCGUGUCAAUUACAGUGCACAAGAAGAGAUGGCCACUAAUGAUUCUUGCGUUGUUCAUUGUAUCAACUUUAAUGGUAUUUUUCAUGAGAUCCGCCUUCGAUUCAUGUCACUCUACUACCAGCAGUACUAGUAACCGUUUGGAAGAAGCAAAAGAAGGUGCAAAAGGUCAAAUUCACUCUACUUACUCUCAAACUGACAAUGUAGCUACCAAUCCUCUUGAUUUCAUGAAGUAUAAGCUCGUUCUGCUUGUCUCCCACGAGCUUUCUCUUUCCGGCGGACCUUUGUUGUUGAUGGAACUGGCGUUUUUGCUGAGAGGUGUCGGUGCCCAAGUUGUUUGGAUGACUAACCAGAAACCAGCUGAACCUGAUGAGGUGAUCUACAGUUUGGAGCGUAAAAUGUUAGACCGAGGAGUGCAGGUCUUCUCUGCGAAAGGUGAGAAAGCCAUAGAUAUAGCCCUCAAGGCUGACUUGGUCGUUUUAAACACUGCUGUUGCUGGGAAGUGGCUGGAUGCUGUUCUAAAGGAGAAUGUUCAAAAAGUUCUACCGAAGGUUCUAUGGUGGAUUCAUGAGAUGCGGGGGCAUUAUUUCAAGCUAGAGUAUGUUAAGCACCUCCCUUUUGUUGCAGGUGCUAUGAUUGAUUCACAUACAACAGCGGAGUACUGGAAGAACAGGACUAGAGAGCGGUUAGGAAUUAGAAUGCCUGCGACUUAUGUUGUGCACCUUGGAAAUAGCAAAGACCUCAUGGAAGUGGCUGAAGAUAGUGUUGCCAAACGGGUUCUCCGCGAACACGUUCGGGAAUCUCUUGGAGUGAGAAACGAUGAUCUGCUAUUUGCCAUAAUAAACAGUGUUUCGCGUGGAAAAGGUCAGGACCUUUUUCUUCGUUCUUUUUAUGAGAGUCUGCAACUGAUCCAAGAGAAGAAACUGCUGGUUCCAUCAUUGCAUGCAGUAGUUGUGGGAAGCGACAUGAAUGCUCAGACAAAGUUUGAAACAGAGCUGCGUAAAUUUGUCCGGGAGGAGAAGAAGAUUGAAGACCGCGUUCACUUCAUAAAUAAAACCCUGACAGUUGCUCCAUAUUUGGCCUCUAUUGAUGUUCUUGUUCAGAACUCUCAGGCCCGGGGAGAGUGCUUUGGAAGGAUAACUAUUGAAGCAAUGGCCUUCCAACUGCCUGUGCUGGGGACUGCAGCUGGAGGAACCAUGGAGAUUGUUGUAAAUGGGACAACAGGAUUGUUGCAUCCUGUCGGGAAAGAAGGUGUGAGUCCCCUUGCAAAUAACAUAGUUAAGUUGGCCACACAUGUAGAGAGGAGGCUGACUAUGGGGAAAAAAGGGUAUGAGAGGGUGAAAGAGAGUUUCUUGGAACAACAUAUGUCACAUAGAAUAGCCUUGGUUCUAAAGGAAAUAUUGAAGAAAUCGAAGUCUUAACUGCUUGUUGCAGUUUUUACUUUUUUAUCUGUUGAUUUCAUGCUCUUUCUAGUUCGUUGGUCAUCCAGGCAGCUGUUUUCCUCUCGACGAUGAAGCUUAUCCCCAUCGUCUCACUGGUGGACCUUGGCUCCUGUCAUUUUGCAUUAUAUAUGCAUUGGUAAAUAACAUGAUAUAAAAGGUGGGUUUUCUUGUAACAUUCACUUCAUCUCUGUGGUCGGGUUGUAAAUCUUACUGGAUCUUAAAGAACAAUCGGGGUCCUUUGCAAAUUUUUUGUGUUUUUGAAAAUAGAUUGUAACAGUUUUAGUAACCAUGUGCAAGUAAUUAUUUUAUUAUCCUUAAGCUUAAAUUUACUUCCUAAUUUUAA